AAGGUGGCGGCGUACUGUAUAUACUAAGAUAGAUAGUGACUUAGAGGAUGGCCAUAUAUACACUAGGCAGUAGCAAAUUCAUCAUUGUGGUGUUUUGAGAUUCGUCUGAAUAAGAAAAGCCUCUCAACGAUUCUUUAUAGUUGGGUUGGUAACAUAAACAUCUAGCCCCUGAGAUACGCAGUCUACUCACCUACUUCAACUAAAGAAAAGGCAUCCUAAAUAGACCACUGGUUCAAAUAAAUGCCAACCAGUUUCUUCUUCGAUCUAACCCCCUGAGCCUUAAGCACAAUUUAGUCCACUUCAUCUUCAUUCUUUUUACCAUCAUCAUCAUUGACAUCAUCACUGUGGGGGAGCGCAUAGCCUUGACCAGACACCACAUUAUAUCCACACAAUACACACUAUAUCCAACCCAGAACACACAAUGGACGCAGACAACAGCGAGUGGGCAAGUGAGCCCAUUGCCAUCAUUGGCAUGAGCUGCAAGUUUGCCGGUGGUGUCAGCGACCCCGACAAGCUCUGGGACCUUAUGGCCUCAGGGAAGACUGGGUGGAGCGAGAUCCCGGUAGAUCGGUAUGACCUGAAAGGAGUCUAUCACCAUAACCACGAAAAAACCAGCACGGUAAGUGAUAUCCUCCCGCGCAUUGGCGUACGCAUUCUUGGCGCAGAAAGGUACUAACUAAGUGAUAACCGUGCUCAGACACAUGUCAAGGGUGGGCACUUCCUUGAUGAGGACGUGGCGGCUUUUGAUGCGGCGUUCUUCAAUUACUCGGCAGAGAUGGCGCAGGCGAUCGACCCGCAGUUUCGGUUGCAGCUCGAGUCUACCUAUGAAGCGCUCGAAAAUGGUGGGUUAUGCUUACUACUGCCUCAUCCCCCCCUCCUUAAUCGUAGCGGGUCUGCCUCUCUCGCAGGUAACAGGAUCCCAGACGUCCGUGUUUGCCGGUGUCUUCACGCAUGACUACCAGGAGGGCAUAAUACGCGAUGAGGAUAGGCUGCCACGGUUCAACGUGGUGGGUACCUGGAGCCCCAUGUCGUCCAACCGCAUCUCGCACUUUUUUGACUUCCGAGGCGCGAGUAUGACUCUGGAGACGGGAUGUUCGACAACCUUGGUGGCCCUGCACCAGGCGAUACAGACCUUGCGUAACCGCGAAGCCGAUAUGUCCAUCGUUACCGGCUCCAACGUGAUGCUGAACCCGGACACCUUCAAGGCGAUCGGAUCACUGGGCAUGUUGUCUCCCGAUGGCAGAUCAUACGCAUUCGAUUCACGCGCCAACGGGUAUGGCCGUGGCGAAGGUGUGGCCGCCCUGGUCAUAAAGCGGUUAUCCGACGCGCUAGCCGACAACGACCCAAUUCGGGCCGUCAUCCGUGAGACCGCGCUGAACCAGGACGGUAAGACAGACACCAUCACGACCCCAUCAGGCGCCGCCCAGGUCGAACUUAUGCGCGAAUGCUACCGCCGCGCGGGCCUCGACCCCCGCGGUACUCAGUACUUCGAGGCCCACGGCACCGGAACUCCGGCCGGUGAUCCCAUCGAGGCCGGGGCCAUGGCUGCCAUUUUCAGUCAAGGUGAGGGCCGUGAAAACGAGGCGAAUUACUUGCGCAUAGGCUCCGUCAAGACGAACAUCGGUCACACCGAAGCCGCAUCGGGUCUCGCCGCCAUGAUCAAGGGUGUCUUGUGCCUUGAAAAGGGGCUGAUCCCACCCACCGUGAACUAUGAGACGCCCAACCCUAAGCUCAAGCUGAAGGACUGGCGGCUCAAGGUGGCGACUGAGAUGGAGGCAUGGCCUGAGAGUCUGGUUGAUGGCCCUCGUCGCUUGUCCGUCAACAACUUCGGCUACGGAGGGUCGAACGCUCACGUCAUCUUGGAGAGCGCUGACCCGUGGACCUCCACGGCAGAUCUAGAUGUAGUUACCAACGGCAACGGGUAUUCGAAUGGCAACGGGUACACUAACGGUAACGGCUAUACCAAUGGCCACCAUCAUACAAACGAUACAACCGACAACGCCAAAGUAUUGAUCCUCAGCGCGCGCGACGAGCGGGGCUGCCAGCAAAUGGUCUCGGACCUCCAGGCGUAUCUAGAGAAGCAUAAGUCGCUCAACUACGAGGCCUCGGAGCAAUUACUGCGCAAUCUCAGCUACACGCUGGGCGAACGCCGAACGCUAUUCCAGUGGGUGGCAGCCCACCAGGUCCGUCUCGAGAAGGACGGCACGUUGGAGACCGCCAUCCAAGCCCUCGCCACCCCUCGCUUCAAGCCCGUUCGGCGAUCUGCAGAUCGUCCGCGCAUCGGAAUGGUCUUCACGGGCCAGGGUGCGCAGUGGUACGCCAUGGGCCGCGAGCUGCUGACGUCGUACUCGGUCUUCCGCCGGUCGAUCGAGGCGGCGGAGGCGCAUCUAAACGCCCUCGGUGCCGACUGGUCGCUCCUCGAGGAGCUGCAGCGUGACCGCAAGACCACCCGAGUCCACUCCACUGAGAUUAGCAUCCCUGUGUGCGUGGCGGUGCAGAUCGGCUUGGUCAGCUUACUAGAAUCGUGGGGUAUCACCCCCACGGCUGUUACGAGUCACUCUUCAGGUGAGAUCUCGGCUGCCUUUGCCGUAGGCGCCCUCACGCAUCGCCAAGCCAUGGCCACGGCUUACUACCGUGCCGUGUUGGCAGCAGACGAGUCUCUCCGCCCAGCCGGCGCCGCCAAGGGUUCCAUGGCUGCAGUUGGCCUAGGUGUGCAAGAAGUGCAAGUCUACCUCAAUAAGCUGAAGAAGGAGAACGGCAAAGCCGUCGUCGCCUGCGUGAACAGCCCUCAGAGUGUUACCAUAUCUGGUGACGCGCCUGCCGUCGAAGAGCUCGAGGAAUUGUGCAAGGAGGAUGGCGUGUUUGCGCGUCGUCUAAAGGUCCAGCAGGCCUACCAUUCGCACCACAUGGAUCCGUUUGCGGAUGCCUACCGGGAGCGUCUUCGGGUUGAGAUGGCACGCGACAUCGCACAAGACGGUAAGCGGCAUCUGCAGGCAGCCGAGACAGAAACCAAGGUGAUCUUCUCGUCCGCCGUGACAGGUGGCCGUAUCACCGACAUGAAGCAAAUCGCCAACCCCGACCACUGGGUCGGCAGUCUGGUGCAGCCGGUCGAGUUCGUGGACUCCUUCAUUGACAUGGUGCUAGGCGAUCUAGAUGACCCUACCGGUAGAAGUGUGGACGUGUUGCUCGAGGUUGGCCCACACACGGCCCUUGGCGGGCCUAUCCGCGAGAUCCUGUCGCUGCCCGAGUUCGAGGGACUCGAGCUGCCGUACUGGGGUGCCUUGGUACGCGACGAGCAUGCCGGCGACAGCAUCCGAUCGGCCGCCAUCAACCUCUUCCGCGAGGGACACCCUCUCGUCAUGAGCGAGAUCAAUUUCCCCGAGCCCGCAUACGAUGACGAGGGGCCCCGCGUCUUGACGGACUUGCCGUCAUACCCCUGGAACCACUCGAUGCGUCACUGGCAAGAGGCCAGAGUCAACAAGGCGAUCCGCGAGCGCAGUCAGCCACCUCACGAGCUCCUCGGUAUGCCCGUUCCCGGCACAGAUCCCGGUGUAAACGUAUGGCGCCGUGUACUACGCCUUGCCGAAACCCCCUGGAUCCGCGAUCACAUGGUGCAGGGAAGUAUCGUAUACCCGGGUGCCGGCUACAUCUGCCUCGCGAUUGAGGCUGCAAGACAGUUGGAGGAGCAGGCAAACGCCGCAGGGAAGAACAAGCCUGCUACGGGAUUCCGUCUACGUGACGUCAACUUCCUAUUCGCCCUGGUAGUCCCCGAGAACGCUGACGGCGUCGAGAUCCGGACUACGCUCCAGCCAGUCCCCGAGCGAGAAGUCGGCGCUCGUGGAUGGUGGCGCUUCGAGGUAUCAUCUGUGACACUAGAGAACCGGUGGACGCUACACGCUCGCGGCAUGAUCACGCCGGAGCGAGAGGCGGAAGCUCCCGAGACGACGCGCCGCCCGCUAUCCAUCUACACACGCCAGAAGGACCCUCAGGAGUUGUUUGCCAAUCUCCGAGCACGAGGGGUUGUCCACGGCCCCCUAUUCCAGAAUACGAGCAAUAUCAUCCAGGACGGGCGUGAGCCGCGAUCCUUAUGCGACAUCACGGUCCGACACGAAGCAUCUUCUGACACUGAUCCGAAAGUGGCAGCAGCGACUACGUUGCUUCACCCAAUCACGCUCGAUGCUGUUGUUGUAGCCUUUUAUUCCACGCUACCCAGCGUCGGAGCCCUGCAGGAAGACCCCAAGGUACCGCGUUCUAUCGCAUCGAUGUGGGUGUCUAACCAAAUAAGCCGCGAGAUCGGCCACACGCUGCGCUGCGACACGUCCCUGCUAUACGAUGACUCCCAAAGCGGGCGUGUAGACGUGACUGUUUUGGACAGCGAGACAAACGCCCCGGUGCUGGAGAUGAAAAGUCUCGAGUGCGCCUCUUUGGGACGUGGCAGUGGCGCCACAGCGCGACAGGACGCAGCCAACAAGGGCGCCGCCACCACCGCUGGCACCAGCAAGUGGGAGCUAGAGGUAUGCAGCAAGCUUGAGUGGGGACCCGACCUGUCGCUCAGACAGGCCCUGGCUCUAGCACAGGUCAAGAAGCAGCUAGUUUCCGCCCCCGCUGAGUCCAACGCCGAAGCGGAUAUAGUGAAGAAGCUCUCCACGCUACUGCGCAAGGUCGUGCACAAGAACCCGGCUGCCCGUGUCCUCCAAAUUGGCGCCGGAGCCGGGCCUCACGCCACACUUCAACUAUUGACCGCACUUGGUACGCCCAAGACACCUUUGGUAGGUAGCUGGCACGUGACAGAGCCAUCUUCCGAGGCAUUGGAGGAUGCGCGUACUCACCUUGCCGACUGGGCUGAUCUGCUCGAGUUCGACCAACUCGACAUUGAGCAGGGGCCUGCGAAGCAGAAGUUCACCCUAGGGAGUUACGAUAUCAUCGUCGCGUCCCACGCCCUGCACGCAGCCGCCAAUGUGGCCAGCGCCGUAACCAAUGUGCACAGCUUGCUGAAGCCAGGUGGCACGUUGCUGUUCGUGGAGAAUACCAAGAACCAAACCGCCAGCCCGGCCCUCACGACCUCUUUCUGGGACGGUGUGCUUCUCGACGCCGGGUUCAGCGGCGUCGACCUUGAGGUCCACGACUCACAGAGCGACGCUAUCCACAGUAGCAGCAUCUUCAUGUCGACAGUGCCCCUCACCGAUGCGCAGAAGCCCAACCUGAGCCGCGCCAACGCCCGCAACGGCAUCGUCAUCGUAUCCAGCAGCCAAACCCCUCCCCCACCUGGCUUCGUCAACCUGCUGACCUGCCGCCUCGAACUUGAGACCAUAACCGAGUCCGGCUCCGCGGCCUCGCCCGCGCCCGUGCACCUGACGCUCGAGGAAAGCAGCCUGGACCUGUACAAGAACAAGACCUGCAUCUUCGUGGGCGAGAUCGACUCGCCAAUGCUGGCGGACCUGGACGCAGCGCGCAUGGAAGGCUUACGCGCGAUGGUGACUCAGUGCAGCGGGUUGCUGUGGGUGACGACUGGCGGGGCUGUGGACAGCGAGACGCCCGAACAGGCCGCCAGCCAGGGAUUCCUGCGCGUGCUGCGCAAUGAGUACAUUGGGCGACGAUACCUGUCGCUGGACCUGGACCCCGCGCGCGCGACGGAGAAGUGGUCACUGGGUGGUGAGACGAAGACGAUUGACACCAUCGUGCGGGUGCUCGAGGAAGGCUUCGGGCACGCUGAUGACACUGAGAGUGGCCCGACUGACUUCGAGUACGCGGAGAGAGAUGGUGUGCUGCUGAUCCCACGUGUGUAUAAGGAUGAGCAGGGCAACGAUGCGGUAGUCGGCUCGCUGGUGCCGAACUGGAGCGAGUUGCUACAAGGGAACCAGGAUGACAGCAUCCCCUUAGAGCCCCUAUUUCAGGAGACUCGCCCCCUGAAGUUGGAGGUGGGUAUCCCGGGAUACCUAGACACACUAGCGUUCGCGGACGACGAGGAGAGCCAGUGGAAGCACGAGGUGCUGGCAUCCGAGACGGUGGAGAUCACUCCUCGAGCAUACGGACUCGGCUCGCGCGAUGUAUCGGCGGCCAUGGCCCAGCUCAAGGAUCGAUCCAUGGGUCUCGAAUGCUCAGGUGUCAUUACACGCGUCGGGGCGGAAGCUAAGAAACAUGGCUACCACGUUGGCGACCGUGUCAUGGCAGUCUUGCCGAGCUCCUCUUUUGCCAGCCGCGCCUAUGCCCCGUGGUACGGGGUUGUCAAGAUUCCCAAUGGCAUGGACUUUGAGACUGCCGCUUCCAUUCCCCUAGCCUUCACCGUGGCGUCCAUUGCACUAGUUCACACCGCUCGCCUCGAGCCGGGACAGUCAGUGCUCAUACAUGCCGCUGCCGGUGCCAUUGGACAGGCCGCUAUCAUGAUCGCGAAGCAGUACCUGGGCGUGACCGAGAUCUACGCCACAGCAGGGUCUCCAGAGAAGCGUCAGCUGCUCCAGCGCGAGUACGGCAUCCCCGCCGACCACAUCUUCAACAGCCGCGACGCCUCGUUCACUCCAGCCGUUCUAGCCGCCACUAAGGGGCGCGGGGUCGAUGUCGUGCUCAACUCUCUGCCUGGUCCGCUGCUGCAGGCCAGCCUCAGUGCGAUUGCACCGCUGGGCCAUCUAAUUGAGAUCGGCAAGGGAGAGAUCGAGGCUAACAGCCUGGUCGGACUGGAGUCCUUCUCCCGCGGUAUCUCAUUCACAUCACUGGACGUGCCGACGCUUUUGCGUCACCGCGGACCUCACGUUCAACGCUCACUGGUCGAGAUCGUCCGUCUCUUCAACGACAGUACCCUGAAGCCAGUUCACCCUGUCUCCGUAUACCCCAUGCAAGACGUCCAAGCAGCCUUCCGCUUCGUGCAGACAGGCGCUCAAACCGGCAAAGUCGUGCUAUCCUCCAAGCCCGACGAACAGGCCAAGGUCGUCCCUCGACCAAAGGGUCUCACAAGCCGCGUACAACUACGCUCCGAUGCCUCCUACCUCAUCGUCGGCGGCGUUGGCGGCAUCGGCCGGUCCGUCGCUUCCUGGCUGGUUGAGCAUGGUGCCAAGAACCUGAUCCUCCUAUCCCGCAGCGCCGGCGACCUUGACCUUCCGAAGAACCAGCACACCGACGGCGCACUCUUCAUUAACGAGCUGCGCGCAAUUGGCGGGUGCCGCGUACAGCCUGUCAGUUGCGACGUGUCGCGUGCCUCAGACCUAGCCAAGGCCCUCGAGUCCUGCAAGGCGGCGGGACUACCUCCGGUCCGCGGCGUCGUGCAGGGCGCCAUGCUUUUGCGUGACGCGGUCUUCGAGCAAAUGUCACUCGCCGACUGGCGCAGCGGCUUACAGCCCAAGCUCGACGGAACACGGAACCUUCACUCUGCCUUCUCGCAACAAGGAUCGCUCGACUUCUUCGUGAUGCUAUCAUCAGUCUCCGGGAUCGUGGGUAUCACAUCUCAAACCAACUAUGCGGCCGGUGGGACGUACGAGGACGCGCUGGCGCGCUGGCGGCAGACACAGGGGCUGCCGGGCGUCACCAUCGACCUCGGCCCUAUCUCCGACAUCGGGUACGUGUCCAAGUCGGCGAAGGUGGCCGACCGCCUGCGCAAGGAUGGCGAUUUCACCAUGCUUGAUGAGGACAUCGUGCUCCGCGCCCUCAAGGCCGCUGUGACACACCCGCUCGGCGGCCGCGUCCAGCGCAUCGUUGGUCUUAACUCCGGUCCUGGUCCCCAAUGGGACGCUGAUGGCCGCUCGCAGCUUGGAAGAGAUGCCCGCUUCUUGCCACUGCGACACCGCAGCAAGGCAGCGGCUGGGGCUGGCGAUGGCGAUGACCGCGGUGGCAUGUCGCUCGCUGCGCAGCUUGGGGACGCUGGUUCCGUGGAAGAGGGAGCGAUACUCAUCGGCGAGGCGAUCGCCACUAAGCUAGCCGAUAUUUUCAUGACGCCAGUAGGUGAGAUCGAUCUCAGCAAGCCGCCCGCACACUUUGGUGUGGAUUCGCUGAUCGCAGUCGAGCUGCGUAACAUGCUGGUUCUUCAAGCAGCUGCGGAUAUUUCUAUCUUUAAUAUUUUGCAGACCCCGUCGCUGGCCGCGCUAGCUACUACCGUGGCGGAAAAGAGCCGUCAUCUUGUGGUGGCUGCUUAGACAGAGCUCUAUGUCGGGUUGUAUUGAUUGGAAUCAUUGGAUGGGUAGCUAGUAGUUACACUAUAACCGGCGCUAUUAUUUUCUUACUUUUAAUUUAUGGGUCUAUAGGUAGACUACCGGGGUAACCUUGUACGGGGAUUUAGGUGUUAAAAGGGUAUCAUGUCUUAUGGUUGACAGUUGUAUGUAUAGGUAUUGUGGUAUCUUGGACUUUUUACGUGGAGUGUAAGGUACUUGGGUAGAUUUCCUUCAUAGAAUACAUGUAACUAGCGGCUCAAGUUAUAUUUUAUUAUACUUCAAGUCUUUGACACAUGCA